AUGGUUGCAAGCACUCAUGGAAGAAAUCCAGGAGGAUCCAGAGCCGAGGAUUGGUACUCGUGCAAAGAAGAAGUCUCUAAAGCAGAAAAAGCCCCCGACAGGUCUGGUUUUGUCUUUUAUUGUCUAAGAUAAUGCUCUUCCGUUCUCUUCCCUUAUUCGUUAUUUGUAUUCGUACGAAGUCUUCAGAGGAAGAUGAUCAAAAGUUGUGUAGGGUAAAGCCAUUUCAACUUUUUAUUGCGCCUUUCUCGGAGCAAAAAAUGCGGUCAGACACAGUGUCUCCUGCUUUCAUCCACUCUCUCCGCCACUUGCGUCACGGCCAAUCAAACGAGUGAGCUGGCCGCCCAUCGAGAGCGCGUCUUUUCCUGUCUGCCCACACUGUUUCUCACUAUGCCUGUUCUGCGUCCUAUUCUCUCUUGAUGUAGCGCUGGUCGCUGAUUUCGCGUUCAGUCCUUACUUUGGGCGUUCACCUGGACACCCCCCUCUUCCGCUCUAUUUUUUUUGAAUUCUUCUCCACUACUCCUCUCGAUACUGAUCCGCAUCCGUAGAUCAACCUCGUCUUCGUAUUUUCACUAAUCUAAACAAACACCUAUUCUACUGGAUUUUUCUGAAUUUUCGGAAGAUGUAAAGAAACUCACAUUCCCGAGUUUGUUCACUUAAUUGCGGUAAGCUUCUAAUAAAUCUUGAGAUUCUAAAACUAAUGUUUCAGGACGUCAGCUUGAAAAAUUUAAAAAAAAAUGCAGAAGUCUGAAAAGGAAAUUCCUCAAAGGCCUAAAUGUCAAUGAAAGUAAGUGCCAUAUAGUUUUAGGAACAUCUCUCUUUUACAAAAUACAUUUCAGAAAGAGAAAGAAUGAUGAUGUGGUAAACAGUGAGAAACAAUGUCUCCAGACGUGGGACUGCACCACGUUCCCGCUCAAACAAAAGUUUUUUUGGAAAGAAGAAGGAAAUUCCUCAAAGGGCUAAAUGUCGAAGGUAAGUUCCAUAUCAUUUUAGAAACAUGCUUUAAAAAAUAAAUUUCAGAAGAAUGUUGCUGUACUAA